AUGAAAACCCACUUGGCAAAGCAUGACAUUUACUGCCCGACCUCCAGUAUACAGCCAGCGAAGAAGGGACCAGACAUUCGGAAUUUCAUGGGUGGUAAACAGAGUCUCACCCAUCAAGAGGUCUUGGAAAGGAACGCCAUUCGCUGGAUCGUGACUGAUAUGAAAGCCUUCUCCACUGUCGAGUCUCCAGAGUUUCAGCAGAUGUUUCGAGACAUUCCUGGGAUUGAGCCUCCUUUCAUAUCUCGCCACACCUUGCGGGAUGGAAUCAUGCAAGAGUUCGCCAUACAGCGCACGAACCUGAAGAAUGAGCUGAAUUUGACUUGCAAAACCAUUGCGUUAUCACUGGACAUCUGGACAAGCCAGAAUCAUCUUCCUAUUUUAGGGAUAAUUGGUCAUUGGCUGACAGACGAAUUUGAGUACCGCAUUCAUAGCGGCGAAAAUCUGGUAAUUGCAGUGAAAAACAUGCUUAUCGAGUUAAAUCUCGAGGAUAAGCUCAUUUCCAUUACAGGUGACAACGCCAGUAACAAUGAGGCCAUGGCCUCGGAAUUAUUCUUCUCUCUUUCCGAUCGGCCUAGGGUGGAAGACGCAAUGCCAGCACCACUCUAUCGAGGGCUUGACAGCUACAUCCGCUGCCUGGCUCAUGUCCUCAAUCUGAUUGUGAAAGAUAUCCUGCGUGCCCUGGGGUCAGGGACUCUGGAACAAGCGCAAGCUGCCUGUGACUGCUUACAAACUGGUAACUCGAUCACCGAUCAGUCAGCUGUAGGAAGGUUACGGGUCCUCGCUCUUUGGAUUAACCGAAGUCCUCAACGCCGACAGAAAUGGAAGGAGAUUUGCAGAAUCAACAAUCUCCCAGACAAAUUUGUUGAGUACGAUGUUGCGACACGAUGGAACUCAACAUUUCGCAUGGUCGACGAUGGCUUGAAGUCAAGGCAACAAGUCAACAAGUUCCUAAUCCUUCAGGAGGAACUCCCACCUUUCACUCUCAAAGAUUGGUCACGACUGGAACAGAUUCACAUAGUACUCCACAAGUUCAAUGAGCUUACUUUGUUCAUUUCCAAACGCAAUCCACAAAUCAGCCUCGCAGUCCCCAUUUACUAUGAGCUACACGAAUUGCUUGACGUGAGGGAGGGCAAUGGUGACUUCGCAAAACUGGAUCGGGAUAUUAUAGCUGCAGUGAAUGAGGGGAUGAAGAAAUACGAAAAGUACUAUUCCAUUAUGGACGACUGCGAUACCUACUACACUGCCCUCGUCUUGGAUCCCCGAGUCAAAGGCGAAAUGGUCUUACAGGAACUGCAAAAUGGCAAUGCAGGGACAAUGAUUCUGGAAACGAUCCGCACCAAUCUCCAUCAGGUAUACGCGACUAGCAACCCGGAGCAUUAUGCCGCUGCAUCACAAUCGUCUUCCCCGAAGCAUAGUGAUGUGAAGUCUAGGAUGCUGAAGAAGUUGCAGUCGCGAGAUCCACCGCUCUCAGAUAUUGAUAAGUACUUCGACACCCCUCCGAUGAGCGUCGCAGACACCACCGGCCAGAACUGGCUCUGUAAUUGGUGGAAGAUGCACAAGGGCGAGUAUCCGCGGAUGGCAGCAGCAGGCAGGGACUAUCUAGCGAUUCCUGCUUCUGAAGUUGCUGUUGAGAGAGUGUUUAGCACAGCGAGGGAUGUGCUAGGCAUCCGGAGAUAUUCUUUGAAAGGUGAUACCAUAAGAAUGCUGAUGUUGAUUCGCGACGAGUAUAAGUGGUAG